GCGCUGUGCAACAAAAAAAAAAUAAGAAGAAGAUUAUAAGCGAAUUUAAACGAAAAUAAAAGCAACAUGCACACAAAGUGCAUUUAGUGUGUGUGUUUUGUUUUUGCGAUGUCUGUCUCUUGAUUUUUAGUCAUUACACGUUUGUUUUUUAUUUUCUCAAACUAAAAUACGUAUUUAUUUAAGGAAGAACAUAAAAAGGCAAAUAAAUUAAUUCAACACACAUCGAUGCAACUAAAUAAGGUAGACAUUCAAAGUGUUCGAUGAGAUUGUACAAGUUUUUGUAUGGCCGUGACGCCCCAACAAAUCUCGAGUCACUGAAUUCGGUGACUAGCAAAAUCCAAGAAAAAAAUAUAUUUUAAAAUAUCAUUCGGUGUGUUUGGCAUUGAGUAAAAUAUUGGCCAGACAAAAGAGAAAAAAAAAAAAUUUGUAAAAAGUAUUUGUGUAGUGUUUUUCGGAAAGAACAACGACAGCGACAACGACAACGAAUGCGUUACAAUAUUCGAUCAGUUGUUUUGUGUUAAUUUGUUUUGUAUGUUAAUGUUUUUCGUCAAAACUUGUAACGUGAAACCGCAAUUCGAUUGCCUAUCUCGUUUUCAUUUAUUUGAACAUUUCUAAAUGAGUCAGACAAAUAAAAUAAAUUCAAUGACAACACACGUCACAAAAGCAUCGUCAACAGUUGCCAACAAAAUGGUCAACGGAAAUAAUUCAAAUAUACCUAGUCAUAAUAAUGUAACCAAUGGCGCUAGCAUGAACGCCUCAAAUGCAGUUAACCUAAGCGGAACAUCUGCUACGGCUGCACCAAAAAGUAAUACGGAUUUCGGCGAUAAUUUAAACUGUAAAAAUCAAAAGCGAACACGUCAAAAGCCGAAAUUAUCAACAUCAAACAUGAAUACACCGCAACAGUAUUGUAAACCCAAUCCGGCCAACAGUGCAAACGGUAGCACACACAAUUUAAAUAAUAAUAAUAAUAAUAAUCAAUUUAUAAAGUCAAUGGACGAUUGGCUAAACAGUAAUAAUAACAAUUGCAACAAUGGCAACACAAAUAACGAUGCAAAUCGUACAAGUCAUCUGGAUGAAUGGCUGAAUGCCACCAUGAAAGAUUCACCAAAAACAUUUUCAGUAUCAUCAACGGAAUUUUUAGACGGUCCCACACGAAAUGUCAUCAACAAUACAAAUGGAUUGGGUUCAAUGGGAAUUGUAAUGCCGCCCGUCAAUCUGCUUCGCAUGAUGCCAUCUGAAUUUCAAAACCAAAGUAAUUUCGCAUAUGUCAAUAAUUUUGAAACGUCGCCAUAUUUUCGAGCCGCCAAUUUUGCAUCACCUUCAGCUUCAAUGAAAAUACCCAGUCACCAUUCCGAAUUCACUAGUCUUCCGCCUGCCGUUAAUCUAAACACCGACACGAAUCGAAGCUCUUCACAAAAUGAUUUGCUCGAUGGUUUAGACAAUCGCCGAUUUAGCGAUCCAUGUUUGGCCGCCAAUUUAGAGGAUGAAACGCAAAAUGAUGGUGAUAAAAGCAAUUUGAAAAAUCAAUCCGAUCAAAAUAAGCUGAUCGCCACGCUCAUCAAACAAAUUAAUAUUCUACACGAAACAAAUUCCAAAAUAUGCCGAAAUUUAAAUGAUACAAAAAUUGAAAUUGAAACGUUGAAACAUGCACCAAAUUGGGAUUUAAGAAAUCGUAGAGAUAGCAUAAGUGGCUUUAGCACACACAGCCAGCCCUUGGGAUAUACAUUUGGAGCACAUAGUCCAGCACCAACAUAUCACUCAGGUGUGUAUACGCCGGGUUGUAUGACUGAUGUUGUGCGAGAAGUUAAAGAAGCGGCUCGCAUACGGGAAGAGGCGUUAUUGAGUCGUGUACGUGCAUUGGUCGAGGAGCGUUCAUGGUCGAUGAGCGAAUCAAACCUAAAAAUGAUGCGUGACUUGGAAGAAAUGAAAAUUCAAGUCAAUCAAUUGAAAUCGGAAAAAUUCGAAAUGAAGAAUCAAGUGUCAAAACUGGAAGAUGAAGUAAAAACAUUAAAAAGUAUUGUGUCCCAUUUGCUCAACUAUAAUGGAAAUUCAAAUUCGAGCACGCCAUACAAUCAAUCAAAUCAAUCGACACCAUUCAAUGUGGUCGAUCGAAAUUUUUUGCGACAAAAUUCAUCGACGCGACCAUCACUAUCACCAAGUGAUGCACAAAAACGACGUAGUUUUCCACAAAAAUUCAAUCAAGACGACGAUACGGAGCUGUUGCGUCCAAUUCAACAACAAUUUAAUGAAUUGCUCAAAGAAGAUAAUCUGAACUUUGGUCGCAAUAAUAUUGCUCAACAACAACAACAUCCGAAUGAUGGCAUUUAUGCAAAUGCGACCAACAAUGAAAGUCAUGAAAGUAAUUUUGUUCAAAUAGAAAAAGAUAAUCUAGAAUUAAGACGAGAGCUCGAAGAUGCGCGUGCGUCUAAUAAACAAGCCGAUAAAAAGAUUCAAGAUUUGGAAUAUCGUUUGAUGAAGUCUUUGCAAACGAAAUCAUCACAAGCAAACGAUAACAAUAAUGUAGUUACGAUAAGCACCGGUUCAUCGGCGAUGCGAUUAAACAACAAUAAAAGUGGCAACGGCGGUGGCGUUGGCAGCAAUAUCAAUGCCGACGAUUUGGCCGUGGGAAAGCAAAGAAUAACAUCGACUAUCACAUCGGUCGCGCCAAAAGUUAUGACAAACAGCAAUGGAACCAGUACGAUUAAUCUAUCUGGACCCGUCACUGACUUAUAAUCAAUGCCCAAUCGUAGCGUUGACCAUUGCAUAAAUAAAUACAAUGGCAUAUCAACCGACAUCAAUGCUACAAAUAAUCUAACUUCACUGAUUCAAUUGGGUCUUUUAAUGGUUCUGAUUUAUUUUCUAAUUAUGCAUAGUGCCAUUUCACUAGAUAGAAUUUUUUAUUUAUGUCAGAUGAAUUAGAUUCCAUUUGAAAAGAAAAAAAAACACAUACACAAAAUUAAUUGAAAUUUUGUGUUACACAUUUUUCAUCAAUUACAUUACAUCACGUAUGAAUUGUUUGGGAAUAAUAAUAAUAAUAUAUAACUCUACUCUAAUUUUGUUUUUGUCUAUGUGAUUUUUGCGUUGUGAGGGAAAAAUAAACAGUAAAGAUAUUUUUUUCUUAAAUCGGUACAACUA